UCAUGUAUUUAUAUGAUCAAAGUCAAUAUUUUAUUUCAAGUCAAUUACGUAGCAGAAAAUGAGCUCGGGAAAUGCAAUAAUUCCUUUUUUGUAGGCAUAUUUUGGACCGCUAUAUUGAACAGACAGAAACACGUGGGGUCCUUUUCCUCGAUAGGUCUACACAACGUGAGAACCAUGCCGAAGUCAAAGAGAGACAAGAAAGUUUCACUAACAAAAACAGCCAAGAAGGGUCUGGAAACUAAACAGAACUUAAUAGAAGAGUUGCGGAAAUGUGUGGACAUUUACAAGCAUCUGUUCAUCUUCUCUGUGGCAAACAUGAGGAACAACAAACUGAAAGACAUCAGGACAGCCUGGAAACACAGUCGAUUCUUUUUUGGCAAAAACAAAGUAAUGAUGAUCGCUAUAGGUAAAGGACCAACAAGCGAGUACAAAGACAAUUUGUACAAGGUCAGCCGGUUUCUGAGGGGAGAAGUGGGUGUGUUAUUCACAAAUAAAACCAAGGAAGAGGUACAAGAGUAUUUCAGCCAGUUCAAAGAGAUGAAUUUUGCACGAGCGGGAAACAAGGCAGGGAUGGCCAUAACACUUGAUGAAGGACCCCUGGAACAGUUCCCUCACUCCAUGGAGCCACAGCUGAGACAGUUGGGACUCCCCACAGCACUCAAGAAAGGAGUGGUGACACUACUGAAAGACCAUGACGUGUGCAAAGAGGGAGACACACUAACCCCUGAACAGGCCCGUAUUCUGAAACUCUUUGGGAUUGAGAUGGCAGAAUUCAGAGUGCAGAUCAAGUGCAUGUGGAACUCUGAAACGAGCGACUUUGAGAAGCUGGCUGAGGAAGAAGAGGAAGAGGCCAUGCAGGAUAAUGACAAAGAGGAAGAAGAAGGGGAUGGGAAAUGAACCUGGAUAGACCAAUGGACUUCUCAGACCUUGGGAUUUUAAUACUGUGUGACCUGUAUGUUUUAAGUGUUCAAGUGUUUCCUUUUGCCUAUGAAAUGCUAGAUUUCUGAGGCACAAAUUCACUGGUAUGUUACCCAUUGAAUCUUGUGUACAUACGUUUUGUGCUUUAUACAUCUUUUGUCGUCCACUCAAAUACAACAGUACAAUCUAAAA